AUGGCAGAAGGCACUUCCAGGGGCUCACGCUCCUUCACCCAUUCAAUGAACCCUCGCCUACAUUCCCGCCUGUACCAUGGUUGCUACAGUGACAUCAUGACCAUGGAGACCUCUGGUGCUACCUGUGAUAUCACCAGGUUGAUUGCCUGCAGCAUCCGUGGUUCUGAAAUGUUUGCUGAGAUGGAUUUGAAGGUCUUCACGUCUUACCAAAUUCUAAUCAAAGAAGUCGGGCUGAGGCACUGCAUGGACCCUACUCUCAUUGCAGCCAUCAGUUCCAGAGAGGGCCAUGGCGGAACCGUCUGGCAAGACGCCUGGGACCACAAAGGACUUAAAUUUGGCUUGAUGCAGCUUGAUAAAAAAAAAAUCCAUCAACCUGUUGGUACCUGGGACAGCAAAGAACACCUUUUGCAGGCUGUUGGGAUUCUCACAGACAGAAUUAAGGCAAUCCAGAAAAAUUUCCCCACGUGGAGUGUGGCUCAAUACCUCAAAGGUGGUCUCUCAGCCUUCAAGUCAGGAACUGAAGCCAUUGCCACCCCCGUGGACAUAGACAGUGACUUCAUCAGUGAUAUUACAGCUCGAGCUAAAUUCUAUAAGAGACAUGGCUUCUAG